AUGAAAACCUCAAAGGCAUCCCAGCGCUACAGAAGCAUCCGGAGAAACGCCAGCCAGUGCUACCUCUACCAGGACUCUCUGCUGCUUGGUAACUCGGAUGACAGCUUUAAUGCUGAUGAAACGGGGGACAGCAAUGAUCCGGAACAAAUCUUCCAGAAUAUACAGUUCCAGAAAGACCUCAUGGCAAAUAUCCGCUGCAGACCCUGGACCAUGGGACAGAAGCUGCGGGCACUGAGACGAGCAAAGGAGAUUGUACUGAAGUUUGAAGGGAGGUUGACUAGGACCCGAGGCUACCAAGCAGCAGGAGCAGAGCUCUGGCGGAAAUUCGCUCGUUUGGCCUGUAACUUUGUGGUCAUCUUCAUUCCCUGGGAAAUGAGGAUAAAGAAAAUUGAGAGUCACUUCGGAUCUGGCGUGGCCUCCUACUUCAUCUUCCUGAGGUGGUUGUUUGGAAUUAACAUAGUGCUCACGAUGAUGACAGGUGCUUUUGUUGUCAUUCCUGAGCUGAUUGCAGGCCAGCCCUUUGGAAGUACAGCCAGCAAGACCAUCCCCCAGGAGCAGGUCAUGUCUGCACAGGAUCUGGACACUGUCUGGUCCCUGGGGGGUUACCUUCAGUACUCUGUCCUGUUCUACGGGUACUAUGGAAGAGAGAGGAGGAUUGGGAGAGCCGGCUACCGCCUGCCCUUGGCAUAUUUCCUGGUGGGGAUGGCAGUGUUUGCUUACAGCUUCAUCAUUCUCUUAAAAAAAAUGGCUAAGAACUCCCGUACCAGCCUGGCCAGUGCUUCCAACGAAAACUACACCUUCUGCUGGCGGGUAUUUUGUGCCUGGGAUUACCUCAUCGGGAACCCGGAGGCUGCGGAGAGUAAAACAGCCGCCAUCGUGAACAGCAUUAAGGAGGCCAUACUGGAAGAGCAAGAAAAGAAAAAAAACAAAAACAUGGCGGUGACUGUCUGCCUGAGAAUCAUCGCCAACAUCCUGGUGCUCCUGUCGCUGGCUGGAAGCAUCUAUCUCAUCUACUUUGUGGUGGACAGGUCCCAGAAGCUGGAGCAGUCGAAGAAGGAGCUGACACUUUGGGAGAAGAACGAGGUGAGUGUGGUGGUCUCCCUUGUCACCAUGCUAGCACCGUCUGCCUUUGACCUCAUCGCUGCCUUGGAGAUGUACCACCCACGGACAACACUGCGCUUCCAGUUAGCAAGGGUCUUGGUACUGUACCUAGGAAAUCUCUACAGCUUGAUCAUUGCUCUUCUGGACAAAGUGAACAGCAUGAACAUUGAGGAAGCUGCCACCAAAAACAUCACAAGCCCUUGGGCAGAUCUUUUCCCCUUCUCUGGCACCAGAACAGUGCCUGAAGAAGGGCAAUGGCCCACACCUGGGGCAGGAACGAAGCUCCGGAGAAACACCAGCACGUGGGUCUUGGAAGAGACAAGCAUUCUGACUACUAUUAUGCCACACACAAAGGCCAACAAGACAGUGCCCUACAUGCAGGGACUGCAAGGACAAUGCUGGGAGACAUAUGUUGGCCAGGAGAUGCUAAAGCUGUCUGUCAUUGACAUGCUCUUCACGGUGGCCAGCAUCCUCCUCAUAGACUUCUUCCGAGGACUUUUCGUUCGCUACCUAAGUGACUAUUGGUGUUGGGACCUUGAAAGCAAGUUUCCUGAGUAUGGGGAAUUCAAGAUUGCUGAGAAUGUGCUGCACCUAGUCUACAAUCAAGGCAUGAUUUGGAUGGGGGCCUUCUUCUCCCCGUGUCUACCAGCCUUCAAUGUUCUCAAGCUCAUUGGGCUGAUGUACCUGAGGAGCUGGGCUGUGCUGACCUGCAACGUACCCCACCAGCAAGUGUUUCGAGCCUCCAGAUCCAACAACUUCUACCUGGCAAUGCUCCUAUUCAUGCUGUUCCUCUGCAUGCUGCCGACCAUCUUUGCCAUUGUCCACUACAAGCCAUCUCUGAACUGUGGCCCCUUCAGUGGACAAGAGAAGAUCUAUGACAUCGUGUCAGAGACGAUAGAGAAUGACUUCCCCGCAUGGUUUCACGUUGUGGUUGGACACAUCAGCAGCCCUGUGGUGAUACUUCCAGCCGUACUGCUUCUGUUCAUGCUCAUCUACUACCUUCAGAGUAUCGCAAGAUCACUGAAGCUCAGCAGCCAGCAACUCAGGAUGCAGAUCCAAAACGCAAGAGCUGAAGAUAAGAAAAAGGUUGCCCAAAUGGUAGAGGCCUCACCUAGUGAUGCCACCCAGGCAGGCCCAGCCACUGAAGCAGAUUCCAAUAAAGACCCAAAGCCACAGACUCUCCAAGCUCGAAUCCAGACCCACGAAGAGAGCACCAAGAGACUUCUAAAGGAUGGUGACCUCAUCAGCCAGCUGUCCUCAGCAUACAUGGCAACACCCCAAAACAACGGCAACAUGGUCAACUUUGACUCGCUGAGUAGCAAGAGCCUCAGGAUGGAGACGGUCACAAGGUCCCUACCCCAGAGUCCUGGGCAAGGGUCCAGGGGCCUCUGCUCUCCUCUUCCAAGUAGAUCUAGAUCAAAACCAGAGCAGGAUGCCAGUAGGUAUCCACAUGGGCCAUGUGCCAGCACAGGCAACCUCCACAAGAACAGAUCCUACGCAUCUGUGACACAGACACAGCCCCUCAAGGAUGUUCGCUCAGAGCCUCUUUCCCGAAAAGACUUUCAGCCAAUCAGACCUCGUUUCUGUGGACCCAGGGUCUCUUCCUUGAUGACGCCUGGCCACAGACUCCGUGCUCCCAGAUACUAUGUUGUGAAUGAACGUGACUGUCACAAAAAGACCAACCCGACUUUCUGGCCAGAAAGACAUUUCAAGAUAGAUGCUUUAGGUGACAUUGUAGAGCUGUACCCCAGGAAUGUGCAGCAGUAUGUGUCCUGGGCCCCCCACCAGCCUUGCUCACCACAGCUGAGUGAAGAAGAGGAGGAGAUGCUGAGGACAGAUUUGGUCCAAUGGUCCAUCCCCCCUGGCUCCCUGACGGACCUCCCUCGGCCUCCUCGUUUUUACACGGGUGACAGAUCAGAAAGUGACACCAGAGACCCUGAGUACCAGCGAAGGAUGUACUACAGAUCUGGGGACAACAGUUUUGAGGGCCAGCCUGAGAGGCCCACAUUUGUUCACAAAAAGCCACGAUCCAGGAAUGUCCAGUACCCGCAGCAUCCUCUGAAACCCAGGGUCAAAACCAAGUUCGAGCCAUCCUUCACGGAAUCUGAUUCUGUGUCAGCGGCAUCCAGCAGCGACCAGCAGAACAGCAACAAUGACCAACACCUGCAGGUCAUGUCCAGCCAGGGCAGAUUCCCGGGGUCUGCCAGCCAGCUGGGCAGGAGGAAGGCAAAGUCCAGGCAGGCACUGCCCACAGAUCUGAAUGACCUAAUUUGUUCAAAUGUCUAA